AUGAAGUUACUGUGGGCCACAGUGUUUGUGGCCGCUAUAGGGACCCUAACCCAUGGAUCUCCGGUGAAGAGAGACUCGCCAAUUGACAUGGAACUGGCCUCUCCACUGGAAGAGGUGGGCGGUAACUUCGAAGGCGACAUGGUACUAUCACCGGAGCAGGAGAAUGCUGUGAAGUAUGGCUACACGGCGCUCAUCGGAGAAUCCUACAAGUGGCCCAAUAGUAUCGUGCCAUACAAGAUUGAUACCACCGCAUUCACUGCUGUCCAGCAGAACAGCAUUAAAUCCGCGCUGCAACAAAUCGAGCUAGUGAGCUGUGUCCGGUUUGUCCCACGAACUACUGAAGUGGACUAUGUCGUUGUAACGGGCGAAUACAGUGGCUGCUGGGCAACCCUGGGCCACCGGGGAAAGAUGCAAACGGUCAACCUGCAACCGAACGGCUGCAUGUCCCGCGGAACGAUCAUCCACGAGUUCCUGCACGCGCUCGGCUUCGUGCAUAUGCAGAGUGCCUCGGAUCGCGACUUCUACGUGCAGAUCAACUGGGCCGCCAUUCCCUCCGAUAAGGCUUCCAACUUCGACCGUUACAGCUCCAAUGUCAUCGAAGACUUUGGUAUUCCGUAUGACUACGACAGUGUCAUGCAUUACAGCAACACCGCGUUUAGUGUCGACAACAGGCAGCUUACCAUCAUUCCCAAGCGGUCAGACGUCACUAUCGGGCAACGCGUUGGACUCAGCUACAAAGAUAUUAAGCGGAUCAACUAUCUCUAUCCAAAUUGCUACUAA